UCCGUGCACGAGACGUCGCGUCGUCACGACAAAAUACGCUUAAUGUACGCUCGAUGUACGCUCCGUGUAGAUACGCUCAGCGACAAAGGCCCUCUGUACCGAGUCUUCGUUUCAUAAACGCAUAUUCGCUUACGUACACUGUCUUUCAACAAAUAAUUGCGGACAAUUAAACCAAUAGAUGACUGCCACGAAUCGAUAAUUUCAUGAUUUCGUUGCUACCUUCAUUCGUUAUUACGCUCACCGUACGACAGCGUCAGUAGCGAGGCGUCAUUGCAGCUAGCAGGAAAAUGGCAGGCGUCACGACUUUCGUUCGGACAAUUGAAAAAUACCCAUGUUUGUAUGACAACACUAGUUCAGAGUAUGCCAGAAAAGACAUAACUGAGAACGCUUGGAGUGAUGUGGCGAACAAAAUGAAUUGGUCAGUUGCUGAUUGCAAAGAGAAGUGGAAGAACAUCAGGAAUGGAUUUGUUCGCAGUUUAAAACCAGCCCAAAGUGGAUCAACCACAAGAAAAAGAAAACGAUACUAUCUGCACGACAUUAUGCAGUUUGUGUUACCGUACGUGAAACCGGUGGCUCACAUUCAAGAUUUUGACAAUUUCCCACCCCCUCAAACUAUUCUUGCCCCGACUAUUCCUUCUCCAAGUAUUUCUCCUACAGACAUGUAUCAAGAAACGAAACAGGAACAAGCGGAAACGGAAGACAUAAUACAGAACUUAUUGUCUCAGACGCAAGACACAACUUUACAGAAUUCGCGAAAAUGCCAAACAAAGCGAAAAACAUUACCAGCUGACAUCGAUAAAUCUUUUAUAAAUUAUGUACAGAAGAACCAUCCAUUUAAUGACUCCCUUAGAGAUGAUCCUCGAAGAAUGUUUUUAUUAAGCUUAUUACCAGAUAUUGCUAAAUUUUCGGAUAUAGAGAUGCGAGAGUUUAAAAUGAAAGUUUUAAUGUUAAUAAAUGAAAUUUCAACACGGUCUGAACAUGAACAUUUAACGCCCACGUCGACGAAAUAUCUUAAUAAUUUUUCAUCUUCUCCAUCAAGCCAUAUUCCACCUACUUCUCCACUUACUAAUUGUACUUCGAUUUCUGAUUUGAAUUCUACUACGUAAUACUAAUUAUUCAAUCCACAAAUAAUUUGUUUAAUUUGGUGUUCUGCUUAUUCCAUUUACUAUUAUAAUACGUUAUUAUUACAUCAUAUUGUUAUAUUUUAUUAUCCUCAUGAACU